UCUGAAUUCUCGCGAGGUUUUGUUCCUGUUCAACCACAAUGUCGGAAGGCGAUGAGAUGGAAGUUGAGUCCCCAACAAUUGAAAAAGAUCCUUCAAUAUUUGCAGAGGAAAAGAAAGAAGAAGGAAAUGCUUUUUACAAGAAAAGACAGUACCUGGAGGCUCUCAAUUGUUACUCCAAAGCUAUCGAACUUUGUCCAACAUAUGCGUCCUAUUAUGGAAACAGAGCAGCCACCUACAUGAUGCUGUACAAGUACAUGGAGGCAUUGGAGGAUGCACGACAGUCUGUCCGGAUCGACAGGGCCUUCGUAAAGGGCUAUGUCCGAGAGGGGAAGUGUCACCUGGCACUAGGAGAUCAUAUUGCUGCUGGGCGAUCCUACCAACAAGUCCUCAUGUUGGAACCUGAAAACAACGCAGCAAAAGCAGAUUUAGCCCUCGCAGAUCGUGUACAGAAAUUUGAGGAGAUGGCUGAAGUUGACUACCAGAAAGGAGACUUUAGGAAGGUGUUAUAUUGUAUGGAGAGGUGUAUAGAACAGUGUCCAGCUUGUAUGAAGUUCAGAAUCAGAAAAGCUGAGGUAUUAGCUCUACUCGGCCGAUACCAAGAAUCACAGGAAUUUGCCAAUGAUAUAUUACACAAAGAUGGCAUGAAUGCUGAUGCUAUACAUGUACGUGGAAUGUGUUUAUAUUACCAAGACAACAUAGACAAAGCUUUCCAGCAUUUCCAGCAAGUUCUGAGAUUAGCGCCAGACCAUCAACAAGCCAAGGAAAUAUACAGAAAAGCCAAAGCCUUAAUAGCUAAAAAAGAAGAAGGAAACAAAGAAUUUCGGUCGGGAAACCUACAGGCAGCAUACAAUCUAUACACAGAGGCGUUAGCCAUUGAUCCUAACAACAAAUUCACAAAUUCUAAACUUUACUUCAACAGAGCGACAGUUGGCUCAAAGUUAAAUCGGGUGGAGGAAGCCAUUGCUGACUGUACGAGAGCUGUCGACCUCGAUGACACGUAUAUCAAAGCUUAUCUACGGCGUGCAAAAUGUUAUAUGGAAACAGAACAAUAUGAAGAUGCAGUCCGAGAUUAUGAAAAAAUUCUUAAAUUGGAUAAAUCACAAGAAAAUAAACGAUUAUUACAAGAUGCCAAAUUAGAACUUAAGAAAAGUAAAAGGAAAGACUAUUACAAAAUAUUAGGGGUAACAAAAACAGCAUCAGUGGAUGAGAUCAAGAAAGCGUACAGGAAGCGAGCUUUAGUGCAUCACCCUGAUCGUCACAGUCAUGAUUCACCAGACGUACAGAAGGAAGAAGAGAAAAAAUUCAAAGAAGUUGGGGAAGCAUAUUCAGUAUUGUCUGAUGAACGUAAGAAGAGCAGAUACGAUUCUGGGGCUGAUUUGGACGAAUUGGAAGGAGGUGCAGGAUUUGAUUUCGGCGUGGACCCUAACCAGAUAUUUCAGACAUUUUUCACUGGUGGAGGAGGUCCUGGUUUUAGUUUUGGCGGACCCCAAAACACGGCUCCAGGCGGUUUUACAUUUCAGUUUGGUUAAGAUGAACUGUUGUCUCUUCUCAGUGAAAUCAUUUUCUCAAUCACCUGUGAUUGUGUGUUUAUGACAUGGAUACUAGUGCAUGUUGACAUUGAAAUGAUGUUCAGGAAGACGAGGCCAACUGGUAAAGUUCCAAGGAUUCAGAGAGACGACACACCUAGACUGUCUUACUUGGUUCUAGGAUUAUUUCCCCAUUGAAACACUACUGUUAGAUGUUGGAAGAUAUUGGAAUUUUAAAAUAAAAAUUGAAGUCCUGUAUUCAACUCCAUCCCAGGAGAGAAUACUUUGGUGACUUGCUUAGUAGACCCAAGGUCUUUUGUCUUCCAAGACAUCUAGGCAUACAGAACGUAUACAGGUAAUAAUUUAUUCCUUCAGUGCAAUUCUGGAGAUAUAGCAACAUUCUUGUCUGGAAUGGCUCUCAUCAAAACUUGUGUCAACAAGUAAAUCUAAAAACAUUGACACAAUUUCUUAGGAAAACAUUGAUUUUCUAUCAAGUUUUCAUUUAUUCCUUUAACGCUUAUUCACAAUAGUUGGAUAUCUGUUACAAACAUCCAAAUGACAGGAUCAUUCAAAUCUCUGUCGGUGACAGAAAAAACAUUCUGUAUUUAUCAUGGAACUUGUUAAAUAUGAGUUAUAUAUGCACAGACAAGUUAUACGAAAAAUAUUUGGUAUCAGUUUAUUUUAAAGACAUGCAUUGUAUAUAUUCAUCAAGCAUUGCCGAUAUGUGCAUGUAAUUUUGUUUGUCAUGUGAAUAUGAGAUAGAAUUAGAUGAUGAAUAUGUCAGUGGGUUCAAUCAUUCCUGGCGUCAUAUUCAUCCAAAUAUGUAAUUAAAACCGUGAUUGUUAUUUUAAGAUUCAGUAAAGGACACCCCGGUGAAUCGGGCUCUGAUAGAAGUUUGGAAAACUCGCUCUCUGACCACUGAAUGCAAGAGCUGGUCAUUGGGAUAUAAAUACUAAUAAAACUGAACUAGAUUAGUCCGAGUCUUGUACACAUAUUCCCAAAAUCUACAUUUCGGUGCGAUUUUCUCUUUCUCUCCAAAUUCAGAGAGAAAAACACUCUUGAAAUUGAAAAGUCCAGUCAAAUGGCUUUUCAAUCUGAAAUUUCAAGAAAACAUUUCGUAAAUCAGUAGAUUUGUCAUUUAUCAUCGCCAUAUGUAUAGUAUCACUGUUAAAAAGUUCUAAUAAGAUUUUCAAGAAAUUCCUCAAACUUGAUGAGGUUUUGGUGUUUGAUUUUUAGGACACGAUUGUUUUCUAGUGUCAUUUGCAAACUGUAACAUUGUUCAAAAAUAGAUUACCGUAAACAUACCCACCUUAUAUUUUAAUGUCUAUAGUCAUGAACCCUCAUCAACUGUAGGAAAUCAGUUACACAUCAUUAAUGAUGUGGAUGAGUGCAUAGGUUGUGUUUAGAAUGGACAAUUUUAAAACUCUGCGCUAUUAUGGGAAAGUGUUUCCGAAAUAAAAAUGAAUGACCAAAAUGUUCAUUAACUAUAGAUGCUAAGUAACUGUGGCAUCACAAUAAACAUGUAUGUAGUUGACCUAGAUAUUAGAUAAACUUGCCACGUAUUGAUAGGAAUUACAGCAGUAAUCAUGGUGGUGAAUAUUAAAUAGAGACAUGUUUUAUUUUCUUAAUGGUUCAUCACAUAUUUUUGAUAAAGGGAUGAAUAUCAGAAAACUGGACAAAUUCAGACAUGAUAUUCUUAACUUAAUCCGAACACAACUAUUGUGUGUUACCAUGUGACCACUUAUCCUUACAAACCAUUGUCCUUUCUAGCUGGUCAGUUCUGACCAUUCCAUAGGCAUAUAUUUUGUUGCUAUUUUCUAGUCACAAUGAGAUGAAAAUUGCAUCUAAGUCCACUAAAAUUUAAUAAUCCUUUCACUGGUUAUAUGGAGUAAAUAAUCUGAUCGAACAGUGUUUGUUUAAACUCCCUAGGAUAAAUAAUCUGAUCUAACAGUGUUUGUUUAAACUCCCUAGGAUACAAAGGCAUCAAUGUCUAGGAUAGACAUACAGGGUUAUCAGGGGUUUCAUUUGUAGCCGGUGAAAAUACCCUCUUAUUACAGAUAUUUACCAGCUGCAAAAAUGUACUUUCGUGAAAGAAUUAGAAGAAUGAUGAGGAAUUAUGAAGAAUACUGAAAUAACUGUCUACUUUGUGUAGAUACACACAACCUGAAAUCUAACUAAACCCCUGAGUUACCAUAGUUUUCGGCCUAAAUAUAGAAUAAUAAUGAAGAAUAACGAUUUGGGACCCUAAAAUUGAGCAUUUUCAACCAGUGAAUUUACUUAAUUAUUCCUAUAUUCUAACAUGUAAUGAUUUCAUCUGAAAGAACAGCUCAAAAGAUGCCAUCUAAAGGUGUUUUCCCCCUAGAGUAUACCUACAUUAUGCUUUUAAUUCUGAGCACACUAGUCUCCCCCAUAGAAAUUUCAAAAAGUUAGCAUGUAUGGACUUUGCUUAAACAUUAUGAAGGGUAUAUAACUAAAUGUCGGUGAUGAUGCCAGCUUUUUCCAAGUGAAAAUUUCAAGCAGAUAACUAUAAAGUCAUUUUUGGAAUGAGUAUGAGACAUCACUGUCAAUUUUCCAACUGGCAAUUAUUUACCCGAUCAAUGUACACCAAUAGGGGAGGUAACUCUAUCAUACCUAUGGAAUCUCAUAAAUUUCCUUUCAAAACGGGUUACAAUAUACUAUAACCUGAUAUAUGUUUCUAUGUAUAGAAAACGAUGUUUGCUUGCUGCACAUGUUGUAUCCUUAUUUUAGGUACAAUGCUUGGAAGUUCCUUUUUCAUUUAUCUAACAGUACAUAAGCUGUUCCUUUAUAAAGAUCAGUUUAUGAUUGGAUUGGGUGUUGUAAUGAAUUCAAAUAUGUUUACAGUUAACUUGUAUAAUGUCUGAUGAAUAUUCAUUAUAUGCAAUGCAUGUCUUAUGAAUAUUCAUUGUAUGUGGUACAUGAUUUCUUAUGAAUAUUCAUUAGUUGUAACCGCAAUUUGAUUCUCAUUACAUUAUUUAAAUUUUGUGUGUGGCCAGCAACAGUCAAAUGAUUGUCUUUCCAACUUGCCUGGGUGAUUAUCAUAAGUUGGCGAGGCAAUCAUCAGUGUCUGGUUACUGAAUGUGAUCACCUCAUCGGAUGGUUAUGUCCGAUGUUGCAGUAAAAAUAUGUUUUGGUAUUUUUUUUGUACAAAAAGCGAGAAGACAUUAAAUUCUGUACAUGUAACAGUGUUGUAUACGUGUUAUAAACAUGUCUUUAUUAAAGAUUGUGUAGGCCUGUUCAUGGCAGUUUAUGAAUGGGGUUCCAAUUUCAUGCAAGAGUUGACAAAUGCUAUUGUGAAAGUUGUUUUAUGAUAGAAGUUGCAAUUUCAAUUUUUGUUUUGGGAUGAAUUUAGAUUAGGUGCAAAUUAGAAAUGUUUUAUAAGGGGUGUAUGUUUUUAUUCAUAGAAAAAUCUAAUUUCCAUCCUAAAUCACUUAUUGAAAAAUGAAAACCCUCCAACACAUUUUUGGGUAUUUUUGCAAGGUUUCAUUUACAUAGUUUCAUACUGAAACACAAACAUUGUAUAUUUAUUCUGAAAAUGCUAAGACGCUUAUCUUCUUUCAUUCCUGUUUUCAUACCUAGGUAUAUAAAUAUAACUUGAUUGAAGUUAUUUAACAUAAAAUAAUUUCAUUCCUUCUAAUCUGAUCAGCCAACCUUGGUUAAUUUGUCAUCCACUGGAAUCAUAUAGUAUCCAUAUUGUUAAGUGGUUGAAGAAAAAGAUCACAAAUUGAUUUAUUAGUACAUAAUGUGUAAUAUUGUAAUGUAUGUGUCUUAUAUUUUUUUCUUCCCUUUUUUAUUUGAUUGCUCAAUGAGACAUAAAAGUAACAUUCAAAAUUUUAGAAAUCCUAGCAUAAAAUAUAUAUUAGUAUUAUUUAUCAUACACCCUGUACUCCUCAAUUUGUAGAGUUGCUCACUUUCUAUUUCACCUUUUUUUAUUAUUAUUAUUGAAAAAUGUAAGAUUUUAUACUUUACUAAGUAUAGUCCAGUUAAUAAAUAUUGCUGGUAUCAGAUCACAGUUUUGCACUUCAUAAAUUACAUUGGUCAUCCAGCUGGACUAAACUCUACUGUGUGGUCAUCCAUCUGGACUGAACUCUACUGUGUGGUCAUCCAGCUGGACUAAACUCUACUGUGUGGUCAUCCAGCUGGACUAAACUCUACUGUGUGGUCAUCCAGCUGGACUAAACUCUACUGUGUGGUCAUCCAGCUGGACUAAACUCUACUGUGUGGUCAUCCAGCUGGACUAAACUCUACUGUGUGGUCAUCCAGCUGGACUAAACUCUACUGUGUGGUCAUCCAGCUGGACUAAACUCUACUGUGUGGUCAUCCAGCUGGACUAAACUCUACUGUGUGGUCAUCCAGCUGGACUAAACUCUACUGUGUGGUCAUCCAGCUGGACUAAACUCUACUGUGUGGUCAUCCAGCUGGACUAAACUCUACUGUGUGGUCAUCCAGCUGGACUAAACUCUACUGUGUGGUCAUCCAGCUGGACUAAACUCUACUGUGUGGUCAUCCAGCUGGACUAAACUCUACUGUGUGGUCAUCCAUCUGGACUAAACUCUACUGUGUGGUCAUCCAGCUGGACUAAACUCUACUGUGUGGUCAUCCAGCUGGACUAAACUCUACUGUGUGGUCAUCCAUCUGGACUAAACUCUACUGUGUGGUCAUCCAGCUGGACUAAACUCUACUGUGUGGUCAUCCAUCUGGACUAAACUCUACUGUAUGGUCAUCCAUCUGGACUAAACUCUACUGUGUGGUCAUCCAUCUGCACUAGUCUGUACUGUCUGAUUACUGAGCUGUACUGUAUGGUCAGCCAGCUGGACUGUGUGCUUACUGAGGUGGACUAUUCUCUACUGUAUGGCCACUCAGUUGGACUAAACUCUAUUGUGAGGUCACAUAGCUAAGCUAGUCUCUGUGUGCUUCUAUCCAGCUGGACUAGUCUCUACUGUGUUGGAUGAGAUACUUAUCUUUGGUUGUUAAGUCUGCUCAAACUACUGCAAAAAGCUCUUAUUUCAGCAGAUACUUUUUAUGUACUUUCAAAUACUAAUGUGUUCAAGAUGUUGAAUUAUUGAAGUCAUGAUAUUCAAGUCUUGAGGUGUUGUUGUCUGUCAUAUUGUUUCCCUGAUUUAGUUAUCCUUUAUCGUAGAAAUUGUUUUAACUCAUUCACCCCUGAAUUUUUAUAAUGAACUAUUCCAACCUUUGAAUUAGAAGAGUUCAAAUGUGUCUUCAGGGUGAAUGAGUUGAUGAUCACAAAUCUGUACGAAAAAAAUCCUUGUCUAAUCAGAAGCCUGGUUGAUAAAGAAAUUGAAACAGAAGUUUAGGCAGGUGAGGUCCUACUUCAUACAGUGACUUGUGUUAUCUGAAGAGCAUGUCUUUUCUAGCAUACAUACCUGCUACUGUAUACUAGGAGACUUUCGCCCAAUCAAAUAUUCACCCUUCAUCAGUAAAAUCUAUAUUCAUCUAGUGUGAAUUUCGCCCUUCAGGUAAUUACUAUAUAGAGUAUACAGAGUACUGAUAUUCAUUGUCUAAAUUCACCCUCCGUUCUAGAGAGUGAAGAAGACAAUCAUUAGACUGUGGCAAACAUUUCCAAGUAAAUGGUAUUGUUUACUUUAGUCAGGUUUCACAAUGUAUGGAAAUUGAGCAUUCAUAAAAUAAUUUGGGAUAUGAUAAUGAUGACCAUUUCCACUAAUAAUAUUUUCUGACGACCAGGGCCUAGUUGUUCAAAAGGUGAUUAGCUUAAUCAGUGAUUGGUGCAAGUUUUAGUAUGUGUAUAUCUUAUAACACACAAGCAUUAACUUA